AUGGGAAAAGGGAAGAAUGCGAAGACCGGAGAUGAAAGCCACAACUCCCCGUCCACAGUCUUUGUUGCUAAUCUGCCUUUUUCCUUCACGAAUGCUCAGAUGGAAGAGGCUUUCAGCGAGAUUGGACCCAUAAGAAGGUGCUUUAUGGUUACAAAGAAGGGUUCCACCGAACACCGAGGCUUUGGUUAUGUUCAAUUUGCCUCUAUUGCGGAUGCAAAUCGUGCAAUUGAACUGAAAAAUGGCUCUGUUAUUGGAGGUAGAAAGGUUGUUGUGAAACAAGCCAUGCAUCGUGCUCCACUUGAACAGCGCCGAGCAAAAGGAAAUCAAGAAGCUGGCCAGACGGAGAAUGAGAAGUCUGUCAAACCUGAAGUAACAGACAGAAUCCGGAAGGCUCCAAAUUCUCAGGCGAAAGGUGAAGUAGUGGAAAAGAGAAUUGGAAUGGCUAUUUCCAAUGAUGGUGUUGCAGAAAAACAAAGGGUUGCUAAGACAGUCGUAUUUGGUGGUCUUCUUGGUGUUGAUAUGGCUGAGGAAGUUCAUGGUCUUGCGAGGAAGUUUGGUUCUGUAUACUCUGUCACUUAUCCUCUUCCAGAAGGAGACUUGAAACAUCACGGGCUAGCUCAAGAUGGUUGCACAAUGGAUGCUUCUUACGUACUAUUUACAAGUGUAAAAUCAGCCCGUGAAUGUGUUGCAGCCCUACACCAGAAAGAGAUACAUGGGGGAACUGUUUGGGCACGACAGCUUGGUGGAGAGGGCUCUAAAACUCAGAAGUGGAAGCUUAUAGUGAGAAAUCUUCCAUUCAAGGUAAAAGUGGCUGAGAUAAAAGAUAUGUUUUCUUCCAUAGGGUUUGUUUGGGAUGUGGUCAGACCUAAAAAUCCUGAGACUGGGUUGUCAAAAGGAUUUGCAUUCGUCAAAUUCACAUCAAAGCAAGACACAGAAAACGCUAUUAAGAAAUUCAAUGGAAAAACUUUUGGCAAAAGACCGAUUGCAGUUGAUUGGGCUGUACCAAAGAAGAUUUAUACAGUUGGAAGUAGUUCUGUUGCUGCUACAGGAAAUGAAUUGAAACAAGAUGAUAGAAGCAGUAUUGGAUCAGAGGACAGUGAUGAAGAACCAAUUGGGAAAUCACAAGUGGUUGGUAGUGAUGACAGUGCCGAUGAGUCAGAUUCAUCAGAGAAUGAUAGAAAAAGUGAAGUUGAUUUUGAGGAAGAGGCAGAGAUGGCUAGAAAUGUGCUCAACAACCUCAUGUCACGGUCUUUCCAAGAUGUUUCUGAAAGCAAUGUCUCAGAACCAGCUGAGGGUAAAACUGAUGAUUUAUCUGUACCGGAUAGAAAACAGUCAUAUGAGGCAAAAAGUAAUAAGUCAACUCAAGAUGAAGAAGACGAGUUGCAGAGGACAAUUUUCAUCAGCAAUCUUCCUUUUGAAAUCACGGCUGAGGAAGUGAAACAACGUUUUUCGUCAUUUGGUGAAGUGCAGUCCUUUGUGCCAGUUCUUCAUCAAGUAACAAAACGUCCCCGUGGAACUGGAUUCCUCAAGUUCAAAACAAUUGAUGCGGUCAAUGCUGCACGUUCAGCAUCCAACACAGAAGGUGGUGUAGGCAUCUUAAUAAAAGGGAGACCUGUGAAAGUACUAAAGGCACUGGACAAGAAAACAGCUCAUGAUAAGUCGGAAGAGAAGGCUAAGAAAGAGGAUCACGACCACCGCAAUCUGUACCUGGCUAAGGAGGGUCUUAUCAUGGAGGGGAUGCCAGCUGCUGAAGGAGUUUCUGCUAGCGAUAUGGCAAAACGCAAGAAGUUGCAUGAAGAUAAGAAUGCUAAGCUUCAGUCUCCAAACUUCCGUGUAUCAAGGACGAGACUCAUUGUGUACAAUGUGCCAAAGAAUAUGAAUGAAAAAGAUCUUAGACAACUCUUCUUAAAUGCAGUUGUCUCUCGAGCAACAAAGCAAAAACCCUCAAUUCGGCAGAUAAAGAUUUUGAAGGAUUCAAAAAAAGCAAAAGAGGGUGAAAAGAGCCGUCCACGUGGUGUUGCUUUCUUAGAGUUCACGGAACACCAGCAUGCCCUUGUAGCCCUGAGAGUUCUUAACAACAAUCCUGAUACCUUUGAUCCUCAACACCGCCCAAUUGUGGAGUUUGCUUUAGACAAUGUCCAGAAACUAAAGCUUCGCACGGAAAAGCUUCAAUCUAAACAACAGGCUCCUUACAGAUUCACGAAUGAUACGCAGAAAAAUGACAACACAAGCACAGUGGGCCCCACUGCAAACACGAACUCAAGAAAACGCAAGUCCAGAGAUAAAGAGGCAUCAUCGAAUGAUACAGUAGGGGAUAAAGCCAGGAUAUCAAAAGACAAACUUAGUGAGAACCCCACUGUUGAAGAAGGCAGUUUUUUGAAAAAGAAGAAAGGUUCGAAAAGCAGUGUAGCAGAUAAAAAGAUGAAAAACCAGAACAAAGAAAAAGGCCCGUCUAACAAUGUCAAUAAUAAGCCAGAAAUACGAGAAGAAGUCAUGACUAGAAAAAGACAGGCAUUCAAUGUUCAUCCCAAACAAUCAAAAGAAGCUUUGAGAAGUAGAAAACGGGGUAAAAAAAGUGAUCCGGUGGGACGUGAUGUUGGUGAUAAACUCGACUUGUUGAUCGAACAAUACCGAGCCAAAUUUGCAGGGAAUGACUCUGCUGAAGCUGAGGACAAGAAGCAGAGCUCCAAACGUCUUAAAAGAUGGUUUGAGUCAUAA